GCAGGUUUUCUGCUGUAAGGCUUUAGAUCUGUUAGCAGUCAGUGUUAUGUCUGAUAUUUAUGUUGAGUUUCCGUGUUGUUUGUAACUGUUCAGACAUUUUAUUAAAGCGACCAAAGCUGAGGUCAGAUCAGAAAUACAAGCUAUAAGUCACUGCAGCUCAGGAUGACUGAUGGUCACGUGACAGCUGAGCUGCUGCCAAAUAUGGUCAAGGUUACUGCCCCCACUUCCUGGAACUGACAGGUUCAGACCCACCUGUUAGAGGGCAGGACGGACAGGAAGUGGACCCGAACUGGGUCAGAACAUUGACACAGCUGGAUGCAGUCAGUCACCGUCCUGUUCAUCCAUCCAUCUUGAUCUAGAAAGAUGGAUGACUUUGGAUGGGGGACGUGGCGGAGGACAAGUCCAGCUUCUACUCCAAUGCGGAGGACUACUGGAAGGAAGUCCCGCCCACCGUUGACGGGAUGCUCGGCGGCUACGGCAGCAUCUCCAGCAUCGACAUCAGCGGCUCCAAGGCCUUCCUCAGGAAGUUUCUCGGGGACGGCGAAGGGAAGACGGGGACGGGCCGCGCCCUGGACUGCGGCGCGGGAAUCGGCCGCAUCAGCAAGCGGCUGCUGCUGCCGCUGUUCCGGACCGUGGACCUGGUGGACGUGACCCAGGAGUUCCUGGACAAGGCCCGGACGUUCCUGGGCGGCGACGCAGAGCGGGUCGGGAACUACUACUGCUGCGGCCUGCAGGAGUUCGUCCCAGAACCGGACCGCUACGACGUCAUCUGGAUCCAGUGGGUCAUCGGUCACCUGACUGACGACCACCUGGUGGCGUUCCUGCGGCGCUGCCAGAAAGCCCUUCGUCCCGCCGGCCUCAUCAUCAUCAAAGACAACGUGUCAUACGAAGGCGUCGUCCCCGACGACGUGGACAGCAGCGUGUGCCGAGAUCUGGACAUCGUGCGGCGCCUGGUGGGCCGGGCCGGCCUGCGGGUCGUCCACGAGGAGCAGCAGCUCAACUUCCCCAAGGAGAUCUACCAGGUGCACACGCUGGCCCUCAGGUAGGGGGCGGAGCCUGUUGCCACGCUGUGGCCUGUCGCCACGGCGACGCCCUCACCUGGACAGUGUUUAAACUCCCCUUUUCAGGCCUGAUGUGAACUUUACCACCUCUCAGGCUGACACAACGGUUCUGGUUCUGAAACAUGAAGCCAGAAUCGAGACAAACAGAUUUAUUGACACUCAAACCGGAACCACAGACUCCGGGUCAGGACCAGGGUCCGGGUCAGGACCAGGUCUCGCUCUGCAGGCGGCCCGUCUUCUCCAUGGCGACCAGCAUCUGCUCCGCCUCCUGGGCGGACACGCCCCCUUCCUGCUGGAAGGCGAACUGCAGCGCGUCGCACACGGCGGCCGGCAUCUGCUUGGCGUUCCUGAACAGAACCAGAAACCGGGUCAGGAAUGUUUGAACCAAUAAAUACAGCAAAAACACAAA